AGAUGUCGCUACAACACGGAAAUAAAUUAGCUAAUUUGCUAUCGGCCAAAAAUUGUACCUAAAUAAUUUCCAAAUAAAUAUACGAAAAUUUUGAAUAAACCAUAUAUACCUUAAAUUUGUCGAGCAAAGAUCUUUUUCUUCCCGUUUUAAACAUAAAUUUAAAUUGUCUCUUUUCUUGUGUGGACUUCGUCCUCAAUAUUCGAAAUUGAACCUUAUUUCUACUGCAUGUGCUCUUUCAGCUGAGUUGAGUGAGCUAAGUGUGGAGCCGUGCUCGUCGCGGUCAGUCGUUAGCGGAUUGAUCCCUCGUGUUGUGAUGGCUCUUGGUAGUGAAGUGAAUGAUAGCUCUCCAAAAAAUGCUCCGCAAAAAGUGAAAAAAUGUCCAAUAAGCAGUAAUGGGAGCGACAAAAGUGUAAACGAAAAUGUUGCAAAAGUGGAGAAACAAGAAAAGCAACCUCCAAAAAUGAAAAAGGAAGUAAGCGUGAAAGUGUCUUGCAGCAAUGGUCAUGCAAGUACACCAAACGGCCGCGGCGAUGAUGAGGGCGGUGGUGGAAAUGCGAGUGCAACGCGUGUUUCUUAUGCAGCCGCUGCGCGCAAGCCUGCCUCCCCGCAGACCAAUAACAUAACAGCGCCUUUUCUCAUAAAUUCAGAUUCUCAAAAAGGCAAAACUAACGAUAAGUCAUCACAUAGAAAAUCCGGUAACAUUGCAAAAGCAAACGGAGAUGCAUUACCCAGCGAUCCAAAUAAAAAAGCAAGUUCAGGUACCAAAGAAACAAUAGUGAAUGGCACGGAAAGUACAAGUGAGAAUAUUCUUAACGGCGACCCAAAAAAAGAUGCAGUUUGUGAUAUUAGUAGUAGUGAUAAUACUAAAAUAGUUACUAAUGGAAUUAACAGUGAUUCAGAUGAAACUAAAUCAACUAAGUCUGAUGAAGGGAGUGAUGUAGCAUUAUCACCCGUUUGCCCAGUUAAGGUUUCUGAAAAUAAAGUGUCGGAUAAGAAAAAAGAAAACAAAAAGGGUAAAACGACUGAUAAAAAUAAUGAUACCGAGAAGAAGGAACCUGUUAUAAAUAAGGCUAUUGAAACUAAAAAAGAGGAUGAUAAAUCGAACAAUGUUGAAAAUGUGACUGAUAAAGUUAAUGGCGAAAGCAAUAAAAUACUUAAUGGAGAGAAGGAUAGGGAAUCAACCCCUAGUGAAGAUGGCGAUGAUAAGAAACGAGACGCUGAAGUGGUCUUUAUACAAGACAUGGGUUUUACUGUCAAAAUUGUUAGUCCUGGAGCGGAGCCUCUGGACAUUCAGGUGUCGAGUAUGGAACUCGUCCAGGAAAUACACCAGGUUUUGAUGGACCGCGAGGACACAUGUCACAGGACUUGCUUCUCGUUACAAUUGGACGGCGUCACUCUGGAUAACUUUGCAGAGUUGAAGAACAUCGAGGGCUUGAAGGAGGGUUCAGUGAUUAAGGUUGUCGAAGAACCUUAUACUAUGCGCGAAGCUAGGAUCCACGUGCGUCAUGUUCGCGACCUAUUGAAGUCCAUCGAUUACACAGACGCAUACGCUGGCCAGGAGUGCAGUUCUCUUGCCUUCCUCAAUGUUAUCACGCAGGGUGAUAUCUUAGAGAAGAAGAAAUCACGCCCGGAAAGUGUGGACUGCACUCCCCCGGACUACAUUAUGCCGGGAAGCACUGAGCGACCUCUGCUACCCUUGCAUCCCGGAUUAACCAAGGAGAACAAAGCACCACAAUGCCUGAAGGUUUUAACAACAUCGGGCUGGAACCCACCUCCUGGGCCGCGAAAGAUGUGUGGUGACCUGCUUUACUUGCAUGUUAUCACUCUCGAAGACAGACAUUUCCACAUCACAGCCUGCCCCAGAGGAUUCUACCUUAAUCAGUCUUCCGAAGAAGUAUUCAACCCUCGUCCAUCAAAUCCGUCCCUGCUCUGCCACUCUCUGAUCGAGCUUCUCAGUAUAGUUUCGCCGGCGUUCAAGAGGAAUUUCGCGCUGGUACAAAAGAAGCGUAUGCAAAAACAUCCGUUCGAGAGAGUCGCCACACCGUACCAAGUUUACCAGUGGGCAUCGCCGGUGCUUGAUCAUACUGUGGAUGCGAUUCGUGCCGAAGACACGUUUUCAUCGAAGUUGGGCUACGAAGAGCACAUCCCAGGACAGACGCGCGACUGGAACGAGGAGCUGCAGACCACUCGCGAGCUACCACGCGCCACACUGCCGGAACGUUUGCUGAGAGAACGAGCUAUCUUCAAGGUGCAUAGCGACUUCGUAGCAGCGGCUACCCGCGGCGCCAUGGCGGUCGUGGACGGCAACGUGAUGGCGAUCAAUCCCGGGGAAGAGCCAAAGAUGCAGAUGUUCAUAUGGAACAACAUAUUCUUUUCGCUCGGGUUCGACGUACGCGACCAUUACAAGGACCUCGGCGGUGAUGCUGCUGCGUUUGUGGCCCCCCGUAACGACCUGCAAGGCGUGCGUGUAUACAGCGCGGUGGACACCCAGGGUCUGCACACCCUGGGCACGGUGGUGGUGGACUACCGCGGGUACCGGGUCACGGCGCAGUCCAUCAUCCCCGGGAUCCUGGAGAAGGAGCAGGAGCAAAGUGUGGUCUAUGGCAGCAUCGACUUUGGAACUACGGUGCUUUCGCAUCCCAAAUAUAUGGAGUUGCUCAGCAAAGCCGGCCAGCAACUGAAGAUUAUGCCCCACUCUGUAAUCAGUGCGAAUGGCGAAACGAUAGAGCUAUGCUCCAGUGUCGAAUGCAAGGGAAUCAUAGGGAACGAUGGCCGCCAUUACAUUCUCGACCUGUUGAGGACUUUCCCGCCUGAUGUCAACUUCUUGCAAUUGGAAGACGACGAAUUGAGAGAGGACAUAAAAUCGAUGGGAUUCCCUAUUAUACAUAAGCACAAACUCUGCUGCCUUAGACAGGAAUUAGUUGAUAGUUUUGUUGAGGCUCGUUACUUUAUGUUUAUCCGAUAUGCCGCGUUCCACUUACAGCAGUUAAGUGCGAAGAGACAGAAAGAUACUGAACAAAAGUCAAUUGAAGCGAACAAAGAAAACACUGAAAAGAAACCUACUCCUGAAUCAGAGAAGAGUAAGCGAGACAACAAAAGUCAAGAAAAGGAGAUAAAGGACAAGAAACAAAAGAAAGAGAAAGAAAGUGCCAAAAAAGAAGAAAUAAAAAUUGAUGAUAAAGAUGAGAAGGAGGAGAAAGCCAAAGAUGAUGAAUUGUUAUUGAAUGAAAAUUAUUCGGAAAUCGAUACAGAUGUUGCCAAAAAGAUUGUUGAGAGUAUUACAGACUCGAUCUGCAGUGGGGAUAAGCAAGAGAGCGAUACGGGUGAGCGUUCAAGAGCUGUAGUAGCAGCCGCGGCUCGUGCAGUCGCUUCGCUCAAGGAGUCUGAAUUCGAUGUCCGCUUCAACCCCGAUGUUUAUUCUGCGGGCAUCAAGCACGCGGCCACGCCGGAACAACUUGCCAAACAACGCCAUCUGGUGAAGGAAGCCGCAGCUUUCCUGCUUACCACCCAGAUACCCGCAUUUGUUCGCGAAUGCCUCGAGCACACGUCUACCCCAAUGGAUGGCGCUGGGCUGACUGAAGCACUCCACGCUCGCGGUAUCAACAUCCGAUACUUGGGCAGAGUGGCGGCAGCAUUGAAGCCUCAUCCACACCUCGCCUACCUUCACGCCAUCGCUGUGGGCGAACUAGUGCUGCGAGCGGCUAAGCAUAUCCACACUGCGUAUCUACAGGGGUGCGAGGCCAUGUGCACCGGCGCGGCCGUGGCCCACUUCCUCAACUGCCUGCUGGGCGCGUGCGCCAGCAUCCAGCCGGGCGCGGGCGAGGCGCCGGUGUGCGCGCGCUCGGGCCGCGGCGCCCGCUCGCGGCGCGCGCGGCGGCACCACCAGCCGGCGCCGCCGCCGCCCUCCGACUGGCAGAACUUGACGCACAAGUCGCUGUUUUCGCAGAUACGGCAAGAGCUCAAGGCAUAUUGGGGUUAUGAACUUAACGCUGAAAACAUGGAUGUUGUUAUAGAGAAAAAUGGUCUUCAGAAAAUAUCAUUGCUCAGGUCCUUUGCUCUAAAAGUGGGCUUGCAGCUAAUGUUACGCGAAUACGAUUUUGACAACAAGAGCAAGCCAACUUUCACUGGAUCUGAUAUCAUGAAUAUUUUCCCAGUUGUGAAACAUAUCAAUCCUAGGGCAUCAGACGCUUACAACUUCUACACAACGGGCCAGAAUAAAAUUCAAGCUGGUGCCGUGAAUGAAGGCCACGAAAUGAUCGCCGAAGCUUUGAAUCUUCUCAACAAUGUAUACGGCGCUAUGCACGGAGAAAUUGCUCAAUGUCUCCGCAUGGUGGCGCGACUGUGCUAUGUGACCGGGGAACAUAGGGAUGCCAUGGCUUAUCAGCAGAAAGCUGUCCUGAUGUCCGAGAGGGUCAACGGCAUUGAUCAUCCGUAUACUAUUACUGAAUACUCCCACCUCGCAUUAUACUGUUUUGCGAACGGUCAAGUGAGUACGGCGUUGAAACUCCUGUAUCGCGCGCGGUACCUCGCGUUGCUUGUUUGCGGCGAGAACCACCCAGAGAUGGCGCUGUUAGAUAGCAACAUCGCGCUUAUUCUCCACGCGGUCGGCGAGUUCGAACUCUCUCUUCGUUUCGCUGAGAAAGCGUUAUCAGUGACAGCGGCGUCUCACGGACCGCGCUCACUAAAGGCGGCGGUGGCGCGCCAUCUGUUGGCGAGAACUCUGUCUUGUUUGGGAGACUUCAGAGCCGCGUUGCAGCACGAGAAGGAGACGUACUCUAUUUACAAGCAGCUACUGGGCGAACAACACGAGAAGACACGCGAAUCGUCGGAGUGCCUGCGCCACCUGACGCAGCAAGCCGUGGUGCUGCAGAAGCGGCUCGCCGAAGCGUACGGGCGCGCGCCGCACGCGCCGCCCGCGCCGCCGCCGCUGCACAUCCAGCCGCCCGCCAUGGCCUCCGUCAUUGACAUGCUCAACCUCAUCAACGGCAUCCUCUUUGUUCAGAUCAGUCGUCAUGACAUUGAGCAGUUCAAGGCGGAAAUCGAAAAAAGGCAAUUGAAAGACUUACCACUCCCCGAGGUACUCAGCGAGUUAUGCCUGAAGGAAGGAGAAGGUUCCCAGGCGGCGGACAGUUGAGGACCAGGCUCCUUCAAAGACGAGGGUCGGAAGGACUAAACCUCUGUGUGACGUCACAGGAUUUAUGCUCCAUGGGCGCGACCCAAACGGAACGUAGUGGCAGCCAUAAAACAAUUCCCGAUAACCAUAUAAAUCGAUUGGCUCGUUUUACGUAGGUAUUUCAAUCGAGACUCAUUAUACACUUUAUCAGUAGUAUUGAGACGUUUACUAUCAAAUUGGCCAGUUUUCGGAUCCAUAAAUCCUGCUGACGUUAUUGAAAGAGAUUUAUGUUAUAGUGUGAGGCAUCGUAGCGCAAAUUUGUUUGUGAAAUUUUGAAUCAUUUUGUGUCGGAUGUUUAAAUAAAUUAUCAUGCCAAUUGUUUUUUAUAACAUGUUAUUUUCAAUUUUUUUUAAUUAUGCCGUAAACUAAUAAUGUUUGAUACAUUAUUGGGUAAAAUGAAUUAAUUGCGUGUUGAAAAUAGCACCUACCAGAAUUACCAAUAUUUUCCGACGAUUGUUUUAUUAUUAUAAGUGUUGUCGUGGGUUUGCGAUACGGUGCCACUUACACCCAGUACAUUGUUACUAUUAUAAUUAUUGAUUGAUGAUAUUGUUCCUUAUCUAUGAAUGUAUGCUGUAGUGAUAGUGUGCUAAGGUUUGAUGUAGAUUUUUUUGUUAGUCAAAUUUUGAGGAUAUUAUUUUGAUCAAAUAAUUAAGUGUUUAAAUUUAAUGAAUUCUUGCAGUGCAAUAGAUUUUAUUUAUGCAUGUGCAUAUAUUGCUAUAUUCCGCUCAAAUCACGCAGACGUAGGUUUAAUUUUAUGCUUCCGUUUCGAAUUCACAAUUUUACGGACAUCCAAAGUAGUGCAAUGACUUUGUAGUGAUAAUAGCAAUAAGUUUUGGUUGUGAACCCGAACGCGUACUGGCGUACUGGUGCUACUGCCAACUCCUACGUGUAAUGAUUUUAUGAAUUGUUAGUGUCGAGUAUUAUUUUCUUUUUUUUAGGGCGGGAGUAUAAUGUUGAAUACCCAUAGACUUAGAUAUUCAGUUAUAUUGUGAUUGAAAUGUAACAGGAUUUGGAAGUUGAACUCGCUUUAUUAUCUGCGUAACUUAUAAAAUACAAUAUCGAGUCUGUAUCUGUGAACACUGCCUCUAUUGUUACUUUAGUUUCUGGUUUUAGUGUUAGUGCCAUAUAAAGUAGUGAUUGUAAGUUCUUUUUUAUGUAAUAUUUCUGUUAGACUGUGAUAUGUAAUGUUUUAUCAAUUAAUCAUCGAGUCACUUGCCUUGUCUGUGCGAUAGACCUUUUACCUGGUAAAAUAUAAAUGCUAUAAAAUCCGUUAUUAAUAAAAUAUUAUAGCGAUAACUUCUCACUGUCAUAGCAUGCUUAUUGUAAAUAUUACAUGUUCUUGUUCUCUGACAAUAAUGUUGUUAUGAUUCCUGACAGGCAUGUUAGGAAUGCAUUUCUUCUGAAGCAGACGUCAGCGAAAUUUAAGCUCAAAGUUUUAUUUUAUUUAUUUGUUUAACUCCUGAGUGCAGGCCACUUGCUAAACUAAUGGAAACACGCUCAUAUUAAUCGGAAUUGAUCCACAAAUUUUAGCACAAAUUUAUUUUAUAUUUAAAGAAUUUUAUUUUCUUUUAUAGUGCUUAUGUAUCUACAGAAUGAAUGGUAUGUGCAGCGAGCAAUUCAUAACACUAGUCAAUGAAGCAUCAGAUGUAAAAUAGAGAUACGAAAUACAUUAUAUUGUUAAUAUUUUGCUUUUUACCGAUGUUUAUCUGUAAGUACUGUUGUAAAUUAAUGUUUCACACUUUAUCCUAUCGGAUUUGGCUUUAUCCUUGGCUCUGCUUCUAUGCUGAAUGUAUCUCUGGCUGAAUUUGAACCGGAUAAAUGUGCCUUAAACUGCGUUUGUCUACGAUGUUUGCGUAAAAUGGAUCGGUUUCAUGGAAAUAGUUUGUUAGCAAUAAGCAUUACUGUUCAAACAGAGGUCUAUUGAGAUCGUAGGUGAAGUCGGUGGCCAAUCACGGCGGUGUUUUGGAAAGCUUAUCGUUUAAUAUUAAGAUGGGACAACGUGAUUUUUAUGAUGGAUUUGCAUUGUACCACUAGUUACGUCUCUACUACUUUGUAUUAAGUAGUAGUCUUAAAUUCUUGCUUGCUUACCCAGUUACUUAAGCAGGCUUUAUUAAAAUGUAUCAAAAACUUGUACUUCUGUGAGACGCAACUAGUGCAGCAUUGUCCAUAAUCCAUAAGCCGUCAAGUAAGCAUGUUGGAUGAAGUAUGUGCCUAAGCAAACAAUAAUCAUGUUGUUGUUGUUACAUUUCUUUAACAAUAUGACGACCAUGUAAAUACGGCUCUGUUCGUAAUAUACUAAUAAAAUCGUUUUUAAAAUCUU